AUGCCGUCCCUUUCAAGUUCAAGUUCUUCUGAGCAUGAUACUGGGGCUCCCUCCGAUGAUUUGAAUCUCUCGGAACUCACGCAUAACGAAAAGCUUCUGAUCGACCUUGCCGGCCUGCUCAAGGCGCGACCAUCCUUCAGCCAUGGAGUUAUGAAAUUGACUUCUCAGUUCUCUGAAUCCACUCUGUUCUACGGAAGUGGUUCAAACCUUGGUCGCAUCGACCUGUCCAAUGCCACAGAAUCGGAGCUCGAACAUCUAUCGGACGUCUGUGGAGCAGCCACCUUUGGUCGCAACCAGCAGGACGUCCUCGACGAAUCGUAUCGCAAAGCUAGGAAGCUUGACCGCAGCGAUUUCGCCUGUCACUUCGACGCUGAGCAUUGUGGACUCGUUAAGACGGCUUGUCGUGAGAUUUUUGUAGGUAAAGAGAGCUCGCGCGCUGUUAAAGCUGAACUUUACAAGCUCAACGUUUAUGGUCCCGGCUCUUUUUUCAAGCCGCAUCAGGAUACUCCGCGCGGGAAUAAUAUGUUUGGCUCUCUUGUCGUCGUCUUCCCCACAGAGCACGAGGGCGGUGAAUUAGCGUUGUGUCCCAGGGAUGCCGAAGAGACGACCGUGCUCGACUUUGGUGCACUGUUAAGCAAGGAGGAUGAGCCCUCUAUCGGCUACGCCGCUUUCUUCAGCGACGUUACUCAUGAAGUGUAUGAAGUCAAACGCGGAUAUCGUGUCACACUCACUUAUAACCUGUACUUCGACGACCCGGUUCAAGGCGACCCCUCCGAGUCAAAGGCGACGCUCCUCGCAUCCGAUAUUGCAGAGGCUCCGAUCGCCAAAUCCCUUCUCAACAUCUUGACCGAACCGACAUUUCUCCCCGACGGCGGCCUUAUAGGAUUCGGUCUUCGGUACCAAUACGCUCUCGACCUGGACACAUCCUCCAUCGAAGCUCAGAAAAUCCUCCCCGCUCUGAAAGGCAGUGACUCCGCCAUACUCCGAGCUCUGUCUCAGCAAGACUUGAAACCCUUCCCCAUGGCCAUUUACAAGACGGAUGACACGACUAUCAUGUGCGACAAGUUCGUGCGAGGUCUCGUUGGUGACCCAGAGCGCAAUCUCUGCAGCCUUCUGUUGCAAGACCACUGGGGUAACCUCAUCGAUAAAGGCGAGGAUGCUGACUGGCCUGAAGACUUGGUCGUCGACGAGCAGGUGACUUGGAUAACGAAGCCAACGUAUUUGAACACCUAUUCGGCAGACUAUGCGACGUACGGGAACGAGCCGAUGCUCAUGACUGCGUACGCAGAUUUGGCGUUGAUGGUCAUGGUUGGAAAGCCGGGUGAGAGAGCUGUUGUGAGGAAGAUUGUGCGAAAGAAUGACCGUUGUUGAUGUCGAGACCUGCUGCGGAGCUCACGUACUCGUUCGAGCAUGCAUGCGCACUCCUGUAAGAUGAAUUUUUUAAUGUGCUCUCCUGUAAUUUCUCCUCGUAUAAGCUUUCCCGUAUGGGGUUCUCUUGAGC